UUCCUAUUGGCUAGCUGGCUUUAUGGGCAAAUUGAAAUAAACGUUUGAACCCUCUCACUACUGAUUGUUUGCUGACUCCUCUCUGAAGAUUGUUUUUAGCUGUGUGCUCAAAGCCCUGGAUACCCAACAGAUUUAAGAUGGGAGACCAGAUUGAGUUACAUAUUACUCCAGAGACUCCCGGCAAGCCUUCAAUUAGAAACCCCUUUGAAAGUCCAAAUGACUACCACCACCUCAGGGAACCCCUGGUGCCGAGUCCAUCUGUCUUCAAGUCUAAACCCUGUAAAGCUACUCCUCCCAAGUUUAACUGGUCUAUCGAUGAAAUGGCCAGUCUCCUCCCAGUUCACAUAGACCCAGAGGAAAUCCAGCGACAGUCUUUUUACCUCAGCCAAACAAGGACAGAUUCUGACAUUGAGGAAAAGCGUCAGAAUGCUAUUGAGCAGUUUUUCACCAAAGGAGCCAUCGUGCCCUCUCCCUGGGCAGCACCAGACACCCGUAGAGGCCUUCAGAAUUGCAUUAAAAGUUGUGUUUCUCCAAUGAUUGCAGAGGAACCAGAAAAAGUAUCAGUUGCCUGUCAGACCACUCUCACAUUACCGUUGUCCUUUGAUUUGGAGAAAAUACUUGGGGAGUAUUACCGCCACGAAGAGGUGUGCGAUGCAGUGCAGGAGAGUCUCAGUUCUUCCUCUUUAAGACGAAAACUCUUCCUGGACGGCCGGGGCAGUUACAGCGGCUCUGACAGCUCCAGCCCUCCAAGCCCAGAGAGAUGCAAUGCCAUGCAGGAGAGACCUUCUUUGAACAAAGGAGAGGGAGCUAUGGAGGCUAUUGAAGCCAUAUCAUCCAUCUUUGCAUCACCGCUGUCCUGUGGCGUGUCUGCUCAGACUCCAUCUACGGGACAGUUCUCAUCCAGUCCCAUCCAGCAUGGCUGCUUCAGGGACUGCAGCCUCGGCAGCAUCACCAGCCCUCAAUUUCCUGAUAGGUCAUCUCCUGCUGGCCUUACCUCCCCUACAAUUUCUCCUAUAGUUGCACAUGCAGUACACACCCCCACCGGCUCAGUCGAGAGGAAGCAGUCAAGCAAUUUGACUCCUCACGGCGGUCCCCUGGACGUAGACAUCACUUCCUGCAACGAAAGCCCCUUCGUCGAUGGUUGCUCUCCCAUCCGCAGCUGCUCCCCACAUCAAUGCAAAAUCGAUCCACAGCACAACGCCAGACCUAAGCCCCGACCCCGAGUCCGCUGCUGGGCUUCUCCUCCUCUCAUCUCCCCAAUCCUCAACCCUAAAUUCCAUGACAAUCAGGAUGCUGAAGAACAAUUCCUUUCCUCCUCAUCAUCCUCUGCUUCUCUACCUCCUAUGGAGCUUGAUCCAUCUUCCCCCUUACCUCACAAUGCUCACCCUGCUGCCCCAGAGAGAAUUAUUCUAGAUCCUAUUGAGCCUGUGAAAAUGGAGGAGGACAAGGAGAUGGGGAUGGAGGGGCGGCUGGAUGAUGAAGAGGAGGAAAGUGGAGGGCCUUCGGGACAGCUGACAAGCUCACGUAUGGGAAAUGUGUCAGCAACAGAAAGCUGUCAGAUGUUUGUGUCUCUUCUGACAGAGGGAAGCAGCAUACGCUAUGAUUCCAGCAUGCAGGUGGACAGCGGGUACAACACAGCAGGCACAGCCAGUCUCAUUGAUGGCCUCAGCUCAGACUGUCACAGCAAAGAGUCCUUCAGUUCAAACUUGGUGGAUGAAACCUUUCAAUUCACACGGCACAACAAAGCAAAGGCAUUUUAUCCUCACCAUCCAGCCAUCUGAUGGAUGCGUUGAAAGGGACAUCUCUUCCAGUGGAAGCUGAAAUGGGCUAUCUUGCGAUCAGGCACAACAAAGUUUACACUAUUCUUGUGGCGUCUGUGUCAAAUGAAUUUGGUUCGGGUGAAUGGAUUCCAAAGGUAUCACCAGUGGUUAUUAAAUCCUUUAAAGUUUGACAGCAUUACCAUGGUUACUUUAGCAUUUUUUCACAAGAGAAAGGAGACUAUCCUUGCGUCUUGUCAGCCCCCACUAUAAGACACUGAAAAGCUUUCUUGUAAGCCUUGAGUCUAUUUGGAUCCACUCUACUGGUGCAGUAAGGGACAUGGGGAUAAAAUAGUAAAUUCUGUAUGAAACCUGCACAACAGUAACCUCUUGAAUGCUGUAUUAAUGCUGAUACCAUCAUUGCAAUUUUCUCUGAUUCUGACUUGAUCGACUAAUUAGAUCCAGACAUUCAGAUGAAAUCUAUGUACUGUAUUUAUGUUUUUAUGAAGCCUGUCUAACCCUUGUAUUGACUGACUCAGAUCUGUUCAUUCAGGUUACCUGUGGAUCGUAUUUGUAUUGUCAGAAUAUAUUUAUUCCUGAAUAAUGCCACUGGGGAACUCAAAGCUGACUGAGCCAUUUGUUUGCUAUGUUUUAUACACUUAAAAGCACGGGCUGGAUUGUUGUAAUGUUAAAUUAACUUGAAAUCUUUUUCUGACUUGAAUUUUUUUUUUAAUAUUGAGUUGGAUGUUACUUCAUUGUAUUGUUUUGAACAUGUACAGAAGUGACAACAUUCACAUCAGAGUUUGCAAUAAAUCCAUAUUAUGUCCAUGUAA